AAAAAAAAAAAAAAAAAAAAGCCGCAAAUCAAACGCUUCCCUGACAAGCGGAGAGACCCCCCGUUUACCGUCUCCUGUACACCACCUCUCUCUCUAUAUAUUGCUAUCGGUCUCGCCGCCUUUACUACUUUCUCUCUCCGUUCUCUCCCUCUCUCUCUCUCUCUCACUCUCACUGUUGUCUAGGGUUUUGGAUUUCUCGCUCUAAUGCGCCCAAUGAACAGAGCUCGUCCCCCCACCACAGCCAGGCACGGCGGCGGUGGCUGUUCGCCGCCUAUCAUGGCCCCGCGGGGCCUCGUUCACGCGAAUUUCCGGCCGUAUCAGGAGUGGAGACCCCAGUUCACUCCGAAUAACUGGCGCGAUCGCCCUCCAGGUUGCUCCAAAUUCAGUGUCGAGCUUCGUUCCGAUGGUCGGGGGUUCAACAAGGCCAAUGUCGAGGCCUUAAUUUCCAAAUGCAAGUAUAAACCAGAGGGUUUUGAUGUUCUCUCCUUCGGUUCUGUUGCCGCGAGAUUGUAUUUUCGCCGGUGGAUUGACGCACUCGAAACCACUGUGUAUUUUUGGGAAAUUCGACUCGAUGGUGUUCAUUUGUUAACCCCGUGUCUCAUGCCGAGUCCCUGCGACAUGAACAAGCUUAGGGAUCGACUCAGAGCUCUCUUCACCGAUCGUGUCUUGCAAUUGAUGGAAGGGGAUUUGGUCCAGAAGUGGCAAAAGAAGCUGGGGCUCGUGAUGAAGGAGAUUGACGGCGUUGUGGCUUUGCUUCGAAAGCUUAAUCGGAUUAAUGUUUGCGAAGAGCUUUUGAUGAAGAAGGCUGGGUUGGAUUCUGAAAAGAGCUUGAUUGAGAAGAGGAUUGAAGAAUUUAAAUCUUCAAUGACGACUAUUCUUAAUCACCUUGAAGGGACACUAGCAAGCUGCGACGGUGUGGAGUUGUUUAGGUUUAGAAGACCAUUUGAAUGGGUUAGGAUUCAUUGCCUGAUAAGGAGGGAGUGUCGCCGAUUGGAGGAUGGCUUGCCAAUUUAUGCCUGUCGUCAGGAAAUACUUACAGAAAUCUAUAACCAACAGGUAUUGGUAUUGAUUGGAGAAACUGGUUCAGGGAAGAGUACACAGUUGGUUCAGUUUCUUGCUGAUUCAGAAGUAGCUGGGAAUGAGUCCAUUAUAUGCACUCAGCCGCGCAAACUUGCAGCUAUCUCAUUGGCUCAAAGAGUUCAAGAGGAAAGUUGUGGGUGUUAUCAUGAUAAUUCAGUCAUAUCUUAUCCAACAUAUUCAUCUUCACAGCAGUUCAAUUCCAAGGUAAUAUACAUGACGGACCAUUGCUUAUUGCAGCACUACAUGAAAGAUGAGAAUUUAUCUGGGAUUUCAUGUAUCAUUGUUGAUGAGGCUCAUGAAAGAAGCUUAAACACUGAUCUACUUUUAGCAUUGAUAAAAAAUUUACUUCGUCAGAAGCCUGAUCUGAGGCUUGUCAUAAUGUCUGCAACAGCUGAUGCACACCAGCUUGCAGAGUAUUUUUUUGGUUGUGGAACCUUUCAGGUGGUGGGCAGAAACUUUCCAGUUGAUAUCAUAUAUGUCCCUUGUGCAUCUGAAGGAACUUCUGAUUCUGCUAAUAUUGCCUCAUAUGCUUCUGAUGUUGUGAGGAUGGUGACUGAGAUCCAUAGAAAAGAGAAAGAUGGGACGAUUCUUGCUUUCUUAACUUCUCAGAUGGAAGCAGAAUGGGCUUGUGAAAAGUUCGAAGAUCCCUCUGUUGUUGCAUUAGCUUUACAUGGAAAACUUUCCUAUGAAGAUCAGCGUGUCUUUCUUGAUUACCCAGGUAAAAGAAAAGUUAUAUUUGCCACCAAUGUUGCUGAGACAUCAUUGACAAUUCCAGGGGUGAAGUACGUGGUUGAUUCUGGCAUGGUGAAAGAGAGUAGGUUUGAACCUGGUACUGGUAUGAAUGUGCUCAAAGUUUGCAGGAUCAGCCAGAGUUCCGCGAACCAACGAGCUGGUCGUGCUGGGAGAACUGAACCGGGAAGGUGUUAUAGACUUUAUUCAGAAUAUGAUUUUGUUUUGAUGCCUUGUCAUCAGGAACCUGAGAUUCGUAGGGUUCAUCUUGGUGUAGCAGUUCUAAGGAUUCUUGCUUUGGGCAUGAAAGAUGUACAGAGUUUUGAUUUUGUUGAUGCACCUAGUGUGACUGCUAUUGAUAUGGCCAUUAGAAAUCUUAUUCAAUUAGGAGCUGUUGUAUUGAAGAAUGAUGUGUUGGAAUUAACCAAGGAUGGACUGAAAUUGGUUAGAUUGGGUAUCGAACCUCGGCUGGGGAAAAUGAUUCUUCAAUGCUUUGACAACCAAUUGGGUAAAGAGGGCGUUGUUCUUGCUGCUGUUAUGGCAAAUGCCAAUAGCAUAUUUUGCAGAGUCGGUAAUGAAGAAGAUAAGCUUAAAUCUGACUGUCUUAAGGUGCAGUUUUGCCAUCACUAUGGUGACCUCUUCACUCUGCUCUCCGUUUAUAAGGAAUGGGAGAGUGUGCCCCAAGAAAAGAAAAAUAAGUGGUGUUGGGAGAAUAGCAUAAAUGCCAAAUCCAUUCGGAGAUGCCAAGAUACAGUCUCUGAAUGGGAAACAUGUCUUCAAAAUGAGCUUAAUCUUAUUAUUCCAAGCUACUGGCGUUGGAAUCCGCAGGUGUGUACUGAGCUUGAUAAACAUUUGAAAAAUGCUAUACUCUCUUCCCUUGCAGAGAACAUAGCUAUGUAUUCAGGAUAUGAUCACCUUGGUUAUGAGGUUGCAUUAACUGGAAAGCAUUUCCAGUUACAUCCUUCAUGUUCAUUGCUAAUCUUUGGUCAGAGGCCAAGUUGGGUAGUUUUUGGUGAUAUCCUAUCCAUAUCCAAUCAGUAUUUGGUCUGUGUAACUGCUUUUGAUUACGAAUAUUUGUCUACCCUUUGCCCUCCUCCUCUGUUUGAUUUCUCCAAGAUGGAGAGUCAGAAGCUCCAAAUGAGGGUUUUGACCGGUUUCGGCUGUACACUAUUAAAGAAAUUCUGCGGAAAGUCUAACCAUAAUCUCCUUCAUCUUGUUUCAUGCAUUAGAACAGCUUGUAUGGAUGCACGGAUUGCCAUUGAAGUUAAUGUUGACCAGAAUGAAAUUCGAUUAUUUGCCUCUUCAAAAGACAUGGAGAAGGUUUGUAGCCUCGCAAAUGACAUUUUGGAGUAUGAAAGAAAAUGGUUGCAGAAUGAAUGUAUGGAGAAAUGCUUAUAUCAUGGAGGACUUGGUCUCUCACCUUCUGUUGCUUUGUUUGGAGCUGGUGCAGAGAUAAAGCAUCUGGAGCUCGAAAAGAGAUGUUUGACUGUUGAUGUGUUUCUUUCAGACGUGAAUGCUGUUGAUGAUAAGGAGCUUUUGACAUUUUUGGAGAGAAGUAGCUCUGGUAGUAUUUGUGCAGUCCAAAAAUUCACAGGCAGUGGACAAGAUAGUGAUGAGAAGGAAAAGUGGGGGAGGAUAACAUUUCUUACACCUGAUGCUGCUAAGAAAGCUGCUGAGUUGAAUCCAGUUGAAUUCAAUGGUGCCUCAUUGAAGAUAAUUCCUUCACGGAGCUUUGGAGGUGAUCAUAAAAUGCACUCAUUUGCUGCUGUUAGAGCAAAAGUUUAUUGGCCACGCAGGUGUAGUAAGGGGUUUGCAUUUGUCAAAUGUGACAGGCAGGAUAUUGAUUAUGUGGUUAAUGAUUUCUCUAACUUGGUAAUUGGAGGAAAGUAUGUACGCUGUGCAGCUAGCAUGAAGUCCGCAGACAGUAUUAUGUUAAGUGGACUCGAUAAAGGGCUUUCUGAAGCUGAAAUUUUAGAUGUAUUAAGGACUGAAACUGGUAGGACAAUAUUGGACUUUUUCUUGGUGAGAGGGGACUCUGUAGAAAAUCCUCCAUGUGCUACUUGUGAAGAAGCACUUCUCAGAGAAAUAUCACCCUUUAUGCCUAAGAGGAACCCCCACAGUAAUUGUGUACGAGUCCAGGUAUUCCCACCAAAACCCAAGGAUUCUUUCAUGAGAGCCUUGAUCAUCUUUGAUGGAAAUCUACAUUUGGAGGCAGCAAAAGCUUUGGAGAAAAUUGAAGGGAAAGUAUUACCUGGAUUUCUUUCAUGGCAGAAGAUAAAGUGUCAGCAGUUGUUUCAGAGUUCUGUAUACUGCCCUACACCUGUCUAUUCUGUUAUCAAGGAGCAACUGCAUUCUCUCCUUGAAAGAUUGCAGCAUCGAAAAGGUGCUGAAUGCUCUCUCGUCAAGAAUGAGAACGGCUCCUAUCGAGUAAUGAUCUCUGCCAAUGCUACAAAAACUGUGGCUGAGUUGAGAAGACCUCUAGAGCAGCUAAUGAGAGGGAAGACCAUAGACCAUGCCAGCCUGACUCCUACAAUUCUACAGCUGUUAUUUUCGAGAGAUGGCAUCACUCUCAUGAAGUCACUUCAGCGAGAGACAGGAACCUACAUUCUCUUCGACAGGCAUAGCCUCAGCGUAAGGAUCUUUGGGUCUUUGAAAAGGAUUGAUAUGGCUCAACAGAAAUUAGUUCAGUCCCUUCUGACCUUAAAUGAGAGCAAGCAACUCCAAAUCCACCUCCGAGGUGUAUCUAUGCCCCCCAAUCUGAUGAAGGAAGUGGUUAAAAAUUUUGGGCCGGAGCUUCAGGGUCUCAAAGAAAAGUUUCCCGGUGCAGAAUUUACUCUCAAUUCGCGCCGCCACGUCAUUUCUAUUUCUGGUAGCAUAGAAUCAAAGCAAAAAGUUGAAGACAUAAUCUACGAGAUUGCACAGAUGAGUGGUCCUUCAGCUCAGAGGGUUGACAAUGAAGCUGGGUGUCCCAUUUGCUUGUGUGAAGUGGAGGAUGGUUACCGGCUUGAAGGCUGUUUACAUCAGUUCUGCCGAUUGUGCUUAAUAGAGCAGUGUGAGUCCGCCAUCAAAAGCCGAGACAGCUUUCCUAUGCACUGUAUGCACGAGGGUUGUGGAGCUAUAAUUUUGCUUACUGACUUGAGAUCUCUAUUGUCGAGUGAGAAGUUAGAUGAACUUUUCAGGGCCUCUCUGGGCUCAUUUGUGGCAUCAAGUGGAGGUAAUUUCAGGUUUUGCCCAUCACCCGAUUGCCCUUCAGUUUAUCAAGUGGCAGAGCCCGGUACGUCUGGAAAGCCAUUCGUCUGUGGGGCAUGUUAUGUGGAGACGUGUACACGGUGUCACUUGGAGUAUCAUCCGUUCCUGUCGUGCGAGAAGUACAUGGAAUUCAAGGAAGAUCCAGAUUCAUCGCUGAAGGAGUGGUGCAAGGGAAAAGAACAUGUGAAGAAUUGCCCUGUCUGCGGGUAUACAAUUGAGAAGAUCGAUGGUUGCAACCAUAUCGAGUGUAGAUGUGGGAGGCAUAUCUGCUGGGUCUGUUUGGAAUUCUUUGGGGGCAGCGACGAUUGCUAUGGCCAUUUGAGGUCCGUACACCAGGCCAUUAUAUAAACCUUUAAACUAAUUUUAAGUAUAUUCAUAAAGCAAGUUUAUAUGCUGACACAUCCUCUGUAUAUAUUAUCCUCUAGAUUAUAUACGCGCAUGUGUGUUAGUGCUAUUUCGGAUACUACUUUCAGUUUGUACAUAUAUUUAGGGUUCAGUAAAUCAUGUUUACUCUUGUUACAUAUAUGGUCACAUAGAUUGCA